AUGUUAGCAACAACAGCACCAAACUCGUUAGUCAUGAACCCAACUUCAAUGUUAGUAGAGAUGAAAAGCUUCAUUCCUUCUUCAUAUACUUUCGAAACAAAAAUCCAGAAGAUAAAGCAAGAACUUUUAACAAGUACUUUGGACUGUUGUGCGAAAGAUGAAACAAAUGAACAGUAUCUUUAUGACAUGCAGGACCUCAUCGACCAUUUACCCAAAUUGCCUGAAAUCCAGCAACAAAAGCUUACUAUUCCAGAAUUCGAUGAAAUAGAAGUCAAAGCAACUGACUCAGUAGAAAUAAAGAAGUUCAUACGAAAGGUUAACUAUGAGUUUCUUGGAUUUCAUUGCAACCACAAAGUCAUGGACAAAGAUUGCGAUAUGGUAUAUAAGAACAUCUCUGACAUAUACAAAUCUGGGGAGUUUAAGACCUACGACAACUUUGUUUCGUUAGUUGCAAAAUGUGUAUGGCAGAUAAGAGAUAAAGAUAGAAGAGGUAAGAUAUGGAAUGAACAGAUAAAACCCGCAACUUUUGAGUUAAAGAGAGCAAUUGACGCCUUAGUCAUACUAGCAGGUAAGAUUUCAAUGUACAAUGCUAAAAUGAACCCACAAU